UGUUGCAAAGUGAGCAGCAACAGUAGCAGAGAAGGGAUACAUAGUGUUCUAGCCCGUAGCCCCGCCACAGCGGCUGCAGGAGCGCUGCAAACCCACCUGUUCAACGGGAGGAACCCACCGGCCGAGAGCCGGUCCCGCCGAUCGGCUCCCCGGGCACACUGGCCUCUGUGCGAGUGUGGCUGGCGUGAGCCUCGGAUCUGAGCGCAAGUGAGCGGGGGCGCCGCACUGGAAGAUAAUGUGAACUCUCCUGUGCUCCGAGGCAGUUCUACCUGAGUUUUUAUAUAUAGAUGGUUACCAUGAGAUAAAUGAGAAUACACAUCAAUCAAGAAAUGGCCACGUGGAAUGGAGGAAUUGUGCUCCGAGUUCCAAAUCUGGAAAACAGCAAAGGCUUCCAAGACAGAGUUAGACAUGAAAGACAAAUAUUGAAAGAAUCCCUGGCUUCACAGUUAAAUAAGGACCUUCUCAGGCUUCUGGUAGAAGGAAAUCAAGCAGACAUCACGUUCCAUGUGGGUGCAGCUAUCUUCAAGGCCCAUAAAGCAGUGCUGCUUGCAAGGGUACCGGAGUUUUUUUUGAGAGUUUCUGGAAAACAGUUGAAAGAAGCGGAGGACUGUCCACCAAUCAUCCGAGUGGAGAAUUUCAAGCCUUCACAGUUUAAAUACUUCUUGCAGCAGAUUUAUACAGCAGAUAGGAAAGUGAACCAGUUAGAAGAGGAGCUGCUUCUGAACAAUGACCAGGAUGGGAUGAGACUGACAGACGGCCACAAUCUGUCCUUGAGUGACUUUGAUAAAAGUAUAAUGUGCAAUGGGAAAGAUGCCGAGGAUGGAAAAGUCCCAGCUGCUACUGAUGAUGACACCUCCAAUGAAAUUGAGAUGUUGACCUCCAGUCUUUUAGAAGACGAUAUGCCUGAAGGAGUGUUUGAUAUUCCUGAGGAAACGCAAGAAAAGGAUCAGAUUGUAUCUGUAGAUGAUCCCACUCCAGAGCCAGCUUCUGUGCUGGGUGCUGACCUGUUGUCCCUAUACAAGGAAGGAUGUUGCUCUGAUAUAACUCUUCAUGUUGAGAAUAAAGUUUUUCAAGUGCACAGGACCAUCCUCUGUGCUCGUUCCAGUUACUUUGCAGCUAUGCUAAGUGGCAAUUGGGCUGAAAGCUCUCAGAAGUCCAUCACUCUUGCAGGUGUGAGCCAUGUGGAGAUGGACACCAUGAUGAACUUUAUAUAUGGGGCCAAUUUAGACUUGCCAAAAGGAACUUUCCCAUGUUCCAUCCUUUUGCUAGCAGAUAUGUACAACUUGGAAGGGCUGAAGGAAGUCGUUUUGCAUGUUCUGAAGAAGGAUUAUUGCAAAUUUUUUCACAAGCCUGUUAUUGGCAUGCAGCAGUCAAUUGUGGAAUGUCUGCAAAUAUCUCACUCUGUCGGAAUUGAUGCUCUUUACAACUCUUGCAUGAGAUGGAUUACCAAAUAUUUUGUGAAAUGUUGGUCUGGAAGGGAAUUUUCUUGUCUUCCAGCAGAACUACAGAAAGCUUGUUACGUCUCAGUGGUCCAUUCAUUAAAUGUGGAGAGUGUGGUUUCGGUGUUGCUGGAAAGUGACCGUCUGUUGUGGAGCCUUCCUGAAGUGAAGUGGUCGGAGCAAGCAGUUGCCUUGACAAAAGAGUUACAAGAUGAAUGCAUCAAGUUAAUUGUGCCAAAUUUCCUUGAGGUGAUCAAAAAUGAAAGCCUCCUCCUCCUGCUGAAGACACAAAGAAUGAGCAGAACUCCAUACUUGGUUCAAAGAAUUUUUGGAGCUAUUGAACAAAAUAUCACAGUAUCAGAAGCUUGCUUGCUCUUUACGGCUGUGGACCUGCUGAAGAGCCAAAUAGCUUAUGAAGAGGUGGGUUUUGCAAUUGAGAUCCAGGCCCUCUUUGACAAGCUCUGGACGUUUCUGGUUCAGUCUUUCUACGCUGUCCGACACACAGAAGGCUGGAAGCUGAUGAAACCUCAUGACAAGGAGCAAAUAGAAGCAGCUGCUCUGGACAAAGGUGAUGAUAGAAAACUUGCCAAAAGACCAACCUUGACCAGUUUCCAGAAAGAAAAUCCUCGGUUUAGUUCUACCAUUCCUGACACGCAAGGGCAAGCCUGCAGAAAAGGGAAGCUGCAGUCAAGUGCAAUUAACAGGCCGGCAACUGUCAUCAAAGCAACAAAAACACCUUCUGCUUCAGUGAAAACCACCAGACCCACUUCCAGUAGUGUGCCCAACAAACAGAAGGCACAAAACAGAGAUGAAGCGAUGCCACAGGCUCAAGCGAAGAGAGCCUGGAAUAGUAGCAGCGACCCGUCUGCCCAGCAAAGAGCAAAGGGAGCAUCAGGGGCAGCAGUCAAGGCUAAAGAUCCAAAAAUGGGUCCAGGAAAAAUGAGCCCUGCUUCAGAAACGACUGAUGCUUUAAAGCUGGCUAACAAAGUUCCAAACAAUGAAAAAGUAACUGCUUCCAAUGAAAUGUUUACAAAAUCUAAUAAUGCUAAAGCUGUGAAAACAGCUACUCCCACAGCACUGAAGACAAAUGUAAAGAGAAUGGCACAACCUGGCACCUCAAGCCCCAGGACACCUAUUAAUUCAAAUAAUAAGGUUGCACUGAAAGAGAGAAGUGCAUCAUUACCCAAUGUUAGAAAACCAUCAACUAAGGUGCUUACUGCCACAAACAAAACUGGUUCAGGAUUGAAAAGGUCUACCUCUAGUUGUCAUGAUAAGACUGCUUCAAAUUCUCUACGCCAUAAUGUGAAAAGUGUGGCACAUUCAAAAAGUGAAUCUGUUAAUGCUGAAUCUGAUCAAGCGGGAGCAAAUAAUCUGUUGGAACCUAGCCCAAAUACAGAGGUAUCACCAUCAAAGGAUUGUAAAUUGGGGGAAGGAGAGGAAAAUUUGGAAAGUGUUCAACAAAACUUGAGGUCAAGUAAUCAACUUGAACUUACUGUAAAGGCAAGUACAUUAGAGGAAAUUGUGAAUAAGGUGGCUGUUAAUGAAAGUGAAACAACACUGAAACUCUCUGAAGAUGAUGGGCAAUCCUGUGUAAAGUCAGAUCAAAGCAUCGGCCAAUGUCAGUCUUCAUCAGUUACAAAUAAGAAAUCCCCAAGUGAUUCUGAAACCAAACUGAAAUUCCUUCAAGUAUGUGAGAGCUCAGAGGAAGGCAUCUCCAAAGAGGAAGUUCUCAAGCUAUGGACCCAUUGCAUUGUUGCAACACCUGCUGACCAAACCAGUGAAGAGUCAGAACCUAACUUAAACCACGGUGGGAUACAAGUUCUGUCGGACUUGCCGAAAGAAAUGAAAACACCAAGAAUUACGGAAAAUCAAGAGGAUAUGGAAACACUGUUAGUGAAAUCUUGGAACAUGGGUACAGAGGUCUAUCCACCUUCAGACACUUCUUUCCCAAAACAAAGCCCAGACACAGACACUGGAAGUGCAACAACGUCAUCUGAUGAUAUAAAACCCAACUCUGAGGACUAUGACGCUGGAGGUUCCCAAGAUGACGAUGGAUCAAAUGAGAGAGGCAUUUCCAAGUGCAGUACUGUGGUUUGUCAUGACUUUCUCGGAAGAAGUAGCAGUGACACUAGUACACCUGAAGAACUUAAGGAAUAUGACAGUGGAUUAAAAGUAGAAGUAAAAAUGAAAGGAGUGGAGACCCAUAGUCAGACUGGUGCAAGAGAGUCAGUAAGUGACCAUGGUUUCAAAGUCUCUCAUCAAGGAAAUAAAGCAACUGAAAAAAGCAGUGAGGACCACAUUGUGCCCAUUGUUGAUAAAUUAGAUGCUGCCUCAGAUCUCUUGUCUUUGAGUGAAGUUACUGAAGAAAAAUCUGAAAUUGAGAAUGCAGAGGAAAUGUUCCCUCUCCCUGUUUCUGCUCCUCCCCCUCCUGAGCAGAGCAUUUACCACUUCCAGGGAAUUGACAAUCUGGCUUUUGAAGAUGUUACUGAAAAUGAGACAGAGGUUACAAACUUCCCCUCGGCUGCAAAUUUCAAGCGAUCUGUCCUGCUCUCUGUGGAUGAGUGCGAGGAGCUUGGUUCUGAUGAGGGAGAGGCUGAAACUCCUGCCUGUUCCUUGGAUUCUCUUACUCCCUCUGAUGUAUUUGACGGCGGUUCGCACGAGGGUGGCUAUCAACAUCAUGGGAGGACCUACUAUUCCCGAUACUCACUGGAAAUUGAGGAUGAUUUUUUGAACUAUGACUUUCCAAAGCAGUCUAAAAGGCCAGUCGAAAAAUUCCCAGUCCGUCACCAUCCGCAGAUGGGGCCACUACGAAAAGAACUUGGAAAGGACCCUGUCAUUUGCAGCUCUGCCAAAAACGAGCAUUUGUCCACUGAACACAGUGAGAGCUUUGCCACGGACGACAUUGAUACAAUUGAUCAUGUAACAAACGUGGGAAAAGGGCAUGUGCAAGGGUCCCAUUCAACAUCCAGUGAACAAGCUAGUAAUACCUUGCCAACAGGAGACUUAGCUGAUCCUGACCGAUCCCAAAACUACGCACAUGAUCGUCGCCCUUCAAACACCCUUUCUCCCAUAUACGAGAUGGAAAUAAUAGAAGAUAUGGAACGGAGCUCAGAACUAGAAGUGAACCAUUUGCAACAGAAAGAAAGUGAACACUUUGCAGAAAGAGACUGGAUACUACUUAAACAACUGAUUGGAGAUCAGGACCCAAAUUAUGGUGUUGUCAACUGUCUGCCUGAAGAUAUCAACUUAGCUCAGUAUCUCAUCAACCAAACACUUUUUCUUUCUCGAGAUGCUUCUAAACUGCCAGGUAAAAUUGCAGUUGAAAAAGAGGCACUGUGCAAAUGGACUGAAUUGCUAUCUCCUUCAGAGGACUCUGCAGCUAGCAUUACAGUGGCUAGUUUCUCCCCAGAAGAAUCAGUGUCCCCUCAGGGAGAAUGGACAAUUGUAGAACUGGAAACUCAUCACUAGCAUAAUCACUGAACUGUGUACAGAGAGGUGUAAGUAUGAACUGGAUUCUUCUAGGUCCUCUUUUUUUUUCCAACUUAACCAGGUAUUAUCACCUGGGUCAUGCUGGACACAGCAGUAAAACAAUAAACUUGCAAUGUAAAGUUAAGUAUAAAAUUACGAUUUGGGGAAUCGUCUUGUAAACAAUUUUGUGUAAUAGGAUAAUCACUAGUUAUAAAUAUCUUAAAGUGGGACUCAAGUUUUCAGAAUAGAAAAAUCUUGUAAAUUAUUGGUUUGUAUGUCUAAAACUAGAGGCUAAACAUUCACAUUUUCAUAAUGUUAAAUGUUACUAAACUAAAUUCAUUUUUAGUUUUUGAAAGUAUUAAUCAGCUUACUAGAACUUUCUUUAAAAGAACCUCAAACUAGGUCAUGAUUACGUUGUAUUUCUUAAUGACUCUGUAUUGUACAAGGUCUAGUUCUGGAAUCCAAAGCAGCCAUGGUAUUUAUACUGAUUUUUUUUGAACCUUGAUUGUUUUUUUUAAAUGAAUAUUGCUGUCCAUGGACCCAAGAUCUGAACCAAUUUCCUUAACCUCUUUUGGAUAAAAUAAACAGCAAACUAAAUCUUUAAGUGUGAACUUUGAUGUAAUGUGGGAUUUCCCCAGUACAUGUUGAAUAUUGAGAUGGUGACCUGGAUUGACAUAUUAUGGACUGGGAUUCACGAAGCAUCUGCCAGAAUAGUUAGUUAAUCUCUAAAUAAUUCUGACUUGUGAAAAACUAAGAGAUUUUCCUUUUAAAUAUACCUAUUUAUUUUAGAUGUUGUAAAUUGAACUGGCCAUGAUUAUCAUUUUGACCAUUGCCCCAACUUUAAUGGAGAACUCAUUCUAAAGAAACUGAAUAGAAUUUAAGGGAAUUAGUCUUUUAGGUGGAGCUGAGCUUUAGUUUAAGUUUAGAUGUCUAUUUAAAAUCAUCCUUACCGGGGCUGUGCAGAAUGUAUGCUAAUUAGGUUUGGAACUCAAUGCAAAAUACUGCAGAAGCUGGAAAUCUGAAAUAUUAAAAUGUACUGGAAACACUCAGCAGGUCAGGCAGUAGUUAUGCACAGAGAAACAGUUAAUGUUUCUGGUCAAUGAUCUUUCAUCAGAACUUCAUUUCAAAAUUUCCUGCCUCCCUUUUGAACAGGAACAACUGAAAUAGUCAAAAUGCACUGUAUGGAAAGGAAAAUUGGACAUGUUCUUUGAAAUCAGCCCAGUCAAUGUUCAGACCAAUGCAAGAUAGAGUGACUAAUAGAAUUGCUUGACGUAAAAUGGUGGUUGUUCAAAUAUGCAGCAUUUUUUUUAAAAUGAAGCUUUCCAUUUCCUCUAUGCAAGUUGUACCCAAUUUUGGAAAAAAAGUAACACUUUCCCAAUUGUAUUACAAUGUAAAGCAAACUUAUUCUAGUUAUCCAACUUCACAACACCAAAGGGUGGGUUGCUGUUUAGAUUCAAAUGUGAAAGUGGAGGAAGACA